UCGAAAUCACCAAUUCUAUUCUUCAAUGGUUUACUUGGAAGAAUGGCCAGUCUUUUGGUCCACUGUCCAAAGGAUGUAUUUCAAUAAACCAAACAAGACUAGAUAUUCUGUGAAGUAUCGAAGCAAGGAUGGAAAAAUAACGCUUAAAGUAACUGAUGAUCAAGAGUGUUUACAGUUUAUGCUACAUCCAAACCAAGAUUUAGAAAAGUUGAAAACUAUCAAUGCCUGGUUUCUGGCCAACAUGUCUACUUUAUCGACUGAAAAGAGUGCGGUGUAGACGUUUGACUUUUAUAAACUUUUUGUAUUUCUACAAGUUACCGAAGGAACCAUACAUACCAGGUUUAUCUCCUCUUUAGCACACCACGUCGAGUGUGUUUUUCUUUGAAGGAUGGUGCGAAAGAGAAUAACAAAAAGGUCGACUUUUGCUUAGAAUUCUAGUUCAAGCAAAAUAAAACUUGUUGGGUUUGC